UGCAACUCUACUGCUAGCCUACGUGUUGAGAAUAUUGAACUCUUGCCUAAAUAUAUUGUUUGUUGUGUAUUGUUUGACCCAGAGGCUCUCUCAGCCAUGUCCAAAAAUGCACAUACACUCUUUGGGUGGAGCUUACUGCCUUUGCUGUCCAGUGGACACUGUUCACUGUUCCCUCCCUUCAUGUAAUGCGUGUGAUUUACUGCAUGCUGGAGUGUGUGUGUGCGCACGUGCCUGCGCGUGGUAGAUAAUAGACAUUGUGCAUCACAUUUCUCAGUACUGUUGAAAUGCAGAAAUGGUAGUCACAGGCUUGGCCACCUUAAAAAUCAAUAUUGACAAAGAAUGAAGGUGUUAAAAUCAACUGAGCCUUUCUUUGAACUCGUAAAAGUAUCACAAUAAAAUACUUUCUCAGACAUUUUUUCAGCUCGUACGUCUGACUUGUACUUGAAGCAUAGUUGCACAUUUUGCCACAGCCGAUGCAUCUUUUUCUGCAGAGUCGAUGGAUUGUUGAAUGCACAGGGUGGGUGACUUGGGGAAAUUGGAUCUUUACUCUCAGCAGCACUCCUGUCCCUGAUUCACUCUGGUAGCAGCGCUGUCAUUUUUUUUUUUCUCUGAAUUAUACAUAGGGAUUUUUUUUUUAAAUUAAUUUUUCCCCUUUCAUGUGAAGUGUUCCCAUAUAACAUAACCCUUGUCUUUUUGAUUCUGUGGUUUCGGCCUGGUUGGUAUAGCCUCAGCAAGUGAUGCUCUGCAACUGCAUUAAGUGUCACCGUCCUGCGAGGUAGCGUCCCCUGAUUCUGGCAGCCAGUCUCUGCUCCUCUCACACACUCACUCUCUCCCUCUGUGUCUUUUGAUCCCUUUACCUCUCCUUUCCUCCGAGCUCAUUGCGAUGCACAUGUUCUGCAGUCUGAGUGACCUUCAGAAUACAUUUCAUCUGUUCCCACUUCUCACCUUCUCAUCGCCUGCCUGUACACACAUACUGCCCCUGAUGAUUAAAAAACCACUUCUUUCUCUGGGUUGGAGUUUAUUUAUUUAGAUUAUCCCCUUUCAAACCUCUCAUGGAGACAGCCAUGACAUAUUAAAGAGGAUGAAAGAAGGGUGUGUCAAAGUGUGAUUUACUUAGUCCAGAGUGUCAGAGGUUGUGUUUUACCAGCAAAGGAAGGAAAAAAAGAGCAGGAAUUUGUGUGCAGAGUAAAGAGAGAACAGUGAUAUAUGCAUGCUAGUAUGAGAAAAUGGGAUAAAUUACGUGCUGGCAUGAUUGUGUUAAUGUGUCUUUGUAUCUAUGUCUCGACUCCUCUCUGUAAAAGUGAGUUGGUCCUGUGAAUACUGCAGCCUCAGCUGGAUGCAGUGGAUCAGCUGCUCCCUCCAUCCCCAUCUCAUUUCUCUUCUGUCAUCCUCUCCCCCCUUGUACUGUCCGCCCCUCCCCCCCAUUCUCUUUGCUUCUCCCGCCCUCCCUCUUUCUCUCUCUGUGCACCUCUACCUCCAGCAGCAGCAGUCUUGAGCAUCCUUGCUGCUGCUGCUGUUGCUGCUGCUAUAAAUAUCUGCUGGUAGCCGUAGAGCAGCAGAGAGCAGCAGGCAGGCCAGAGGGAGGAGCAGAGGACAGGACGGCAUAGGACGGGGGGGGAAACGAAUUGAAGCAGAGAGGAUAACGAGAUGACAGGCGAUUGAGCCCGAACAAGAAGACUGGGAGAAAUGAGGAGAGGGGAGCUGACCAGUUAACUCUAAGACAGACCAGAAUGUGUGCUUUCGUGUGCACUGAAUUGUACAGUUUUAAAGGUUGGCCUGUGCUGGACUUGGAAUCAGAUUCAGGCCUAAACUUCACCUGGACUAUUCAAACUGCUUCUGGAGCUGGAUUGGCUUGAGCUGAGUUAAGACUAAGACUCAACAGUCAAAACUGGAGCCGGACUGUCCUUUCUGAUCUCAGAUACCCAAACUUUUCAUACAAGGGACCCAAGAAAACCCCAUCGAAGCUGCUGGCUGUCUAGUUUUGAGCGGACAUGCAGGCCAUCAAGGGCCGGGGUGGGGCUGAGAUGUCAUGCUCCUGUGUUGCUGGUGGUGCCUGAGGCCUGAGGCGGUGGAGCUGGAUGGCAGGAGGGUGGACCACCGAGUGUUGAACUGCGAGGCAACUGCCUCCACCGCCAUCGCAGCAGUUUCCCUUGACCAGUGGGAGCCAGAAACGGCCAACGCUGCUUUAUCGAGCUCCCAGAGUGUGAAGAAUUCGAGCUAUAGUCUACCAUCCUACCACCCUUACAGCAACAGUUAUGACUACUCGGACCAGAGCAGGCAGAGCGAGCGCUCAGGCUUGUGUGGACUCUCAAACCUGGGCAACACCUGUUUCAUGAACUCUGCUGUGCAGUGUUUAAGCAAUACCCCUCCGCUGACGGAGUACUUCCUUAAAGACAAGUACACAGAUGAGCUGAAUGAGGACAAUCCACUGGGCAUGAAGGGGGAGAUUGCCAGAGCCUACGCAGAGCUUAUUAAACAGCUGUGGUCAGGCAAAUACAGCUACGUCACCCCGAGGCCUUUCAAGACCCAGGUGGGCCGCUUUGCUCCCCAGUUCUCGGGCUACCAGCAGCAGGACUCUCAUGAGCUUCUGGCUUUCCUUUUGGAUGGCCUACAUGAGGACUUGAACCGCAUUAGAAAGAAGCCCUACAUUCAGCUCAAGGAUGCAAAUGGUCGGCCUGAUAAGGUUGUGGCAGAGGAGGCGUGGGAGAACCACAUUAAGAGAAAUGACUCCAUUAUUGUGGACAUCUUCCACGGUCUUUUCAAGUCGACUCUGGUGUGUCCUGUGUGCUCGAAGGUCUCUGUGACCUUUGAUCCUUUCUGCUACUUGACCCUGCCACUGCCCAUGAAGAAGGAACGGACACUAGAAGUUUAUUUAGUCAGACUGGACCCUCUGGCCAAACCCACACAGUACAAACUAACUGUGCCGAAAGUGGGCUACAUUUCUGACCUGUGUACCUCCCUGUCCAACCUGUCAGGCGUGCCUGCUGAAAAGAUGAUUGUAACUGACAUCUAUAACCACCGUUUCCACCGGAUCUUCGCCACCAACGAAAACCUCAGCAGCAUUAUGGAGAGAGAUGAUAUUUAUGUCUUUGAGGUGGCGGUGAACAGAGUGGAGGACACAGACCACGUAGUGAUCCCAGUGCACUUGAGAGAAAAGUACAAGCAGUCAGGAUAUAACCACACGAGCACGCCGCUGUUUGGACAACCCUUCCUCAUCGCCGUCCCCAGAACCCUCAGUGAAGACAAGCUCUACAACAUGCUGCUCCAGCGCCUCUGUCGGUUUGUGCGAUCUUCUGUAGAGGAAGAAGAGGACAACUGUGAAGAGACACAGCCAUCUAAACAACACACUGUUAAUGGUAAUGCCACUAAUGGACUGUUGGAGGAGGGGUCACCGAGUGAGAUGGAGACCGAUGAGCAGGACGACGAGUCCAGCCAGGAUCAGGAGCUGCCCUCUGAAAACGACAACAGCCAGUCGGAGGACUCUGUCGGUGGGGACAAUGAGCUUGAGAACGGUGUGGUCGGCCCACAGAAUUCCACCAAAGGCCAGCAGACGUCCGGGCACAGCAGAAAGAGACUUUUUACAUUCCAGUUCAAUAACAUGGGAAAAACUGACUUCUCACUCAUCAAGGAGGACACCAGGCAGAUCCGCUUUGACGAGGGACACCUCCGACUUAGUGACCGCUCUUAUCUCUCCUUGGACUGGGAACCAGAAAUCAAGAAGAAGUAUUUUGACGAGACUGUUGUUGAGGACUGUGACAAGCACGAGAGCAUGGAGUACAAACCUCAAAAAAAGGCUUUCUUCAAGCUGAAGGACUGCAUCGAACUGUUCACCACAAAGGAAAAACUGGGGGCAGAGGACCCUUGGUACUGUCCCAACUGUAAGCAGCACCAGCAGGCCACAAAGAAGCUGGACCUGUGGUCUCUGCCACCAGUGCUGGUGGUCCAUCUUAAACGCUUCUCAUACAGUCGCUACAUGAGGGAUAAACUGGACUCGCUUGUUGACUUCCCGCUCAGAGAUCUGGACAUGUCUGAAUUCCUGAUCAACCCCAAUGCCGGGCCCUGUCGCUACGACCUCAUUGCUGUGUCCAACCACUAUGGUGGGAUGGGAGGGGGCCACUAUACUGGUUAUGCUAAAAACAAAGACGAUGGAAAGUGGUACAACUUUGAUGACAGCAGCGUGUCUCCUGCCAGCGAAGAUCAAAUAGUGUCCAAAGCAGCCUAUGUGCUGUUCUACCAGCGCCAGGACACAGUGAAAGGCACCGGCUACUUUGCUCUCGACCGAGAGGAGGAGGACGAGGAGGAGGAGGAAGAUGAAGAAGAGGAAGGGGAGGAUGAGGAGAAUGAGGGCGAGGAGAGGAGGGAGAGAAAAAUCGCCUCGUCCACUCAGGGAGCCUUGUCUGCCGCCGCCGCCGCUGUUCAAAGCGACGAUGAGGACCCUAAUGAGAACCGGUGCAGGAAGAACGACGAAGAGCAGGAAGACGAGGAGGAAGAGGAGGCGGCGGAACAGGCGUCCAAUCGAGACGUCGCCAUGAAAACCAACUGAGGGAAACGAGGACAUGAAUAUAUAUAGAGAGAAUGGGAUCUUUCCAUCCAAAGCCAUAUGGACACACGGCGUGACAGCGGGCGCCACUGGUCCCACCCAGCGGCUCGGACUUAGCUGCUCGACAGGAAGAACCACUGCGGGGACAUCAGCUGUUGGGUCAGGGGGCUACAGGGGUACGCAACUCUAAGAAAUCAGGGCCCUCCUCUGUGGUUGGAUCACUGUGUGUGUUUGUGUGUGUGUGCGUACAUGUGUGACCACAUUCGUUUGUUUAGAAUUUGCUCACUUGCUCUCUGAGAAGAGUCACUAAACAGCCGGGAUCUUUUUUUUUUUUUUUUUUACAGCUUUGAAUCUCAGUUUUAUUAUUUUUUUAAAUUACAUAUCUUUGAGAGGAAUGCAUUUUUGGCAUAUCAUUUUAGCAUCAUCGUUUAGAUUUUGUAAAUAUUUUAAACACUGAACUGUACCGAGUUUUCAUGAUGCGCUGAAACAUUUUUGAACUUGCACAAUCACCAACCAUCCGCCCCGCUUUUCUUUUCUUUUUUUAAAUUUUAAAUGUAUCGAUGCCAGACAUACUGCAACUUUGUGUCAGAGAGUUUUCUCACAUACAGAGCUUAGGAAGCUGCCUUUAGAAAGCCAGUGCUGAGACGCCACUACACUAAGAAAUAAUGUUGAGAACUGACAGUCGUUGCUGUGUGGUUUUUUUUUUUUUUUUUUUUUUUUUUUUAAAUAGCCAUCCAGCCGAGCUAGCUCUGUCAUGCUGCUGCGAUCGUAGAUUUUUACACAUGAUUAGCAUACCGGCAUGAGCCUUGAACUUAAGAUCCUGCUUUUGCUCUCUCUAUAGUCCUCUCUGUUUAUAAUUCUUCAGUAAAGCAGGACUAAGAUAUUGCGUGGCUAACUUUACAAAGAAACCACACUGUAUCUCUCCAUAUUUUAAACAUUAGGAAAUGCUCUUUUAGAAGUUUAUAUCCAGAAGUCAAACCUAUAUGUAGUGAAGUGGUGUUUAAGGAGUUAGCAGAGAUUCUUUACUCCUCUUCACCCGCUCCUGAAGUUCAUUAGAUGGUAUUUAAAGCUUUAUUGUGGCUACGUUCUUAAGAUUUUAGGCACUUUGAGAUUAGGGACAUCGGUGAUUUCAUUGUCUCUUGUUUGAAUCGCCUCGGCCUUAACUCUUAAUCUCAGACCAGUCGCCUUUUCUUUGCACACGGCCGUCACACCAUCUCUCGAUGUUACACGAGCACUCGUCUAUGAAUGUCCAUGUUACUUGCUUGAUAUCUCCCAGCCACGUCACACCAGUUUCUUUUAACCCACAAGAGGGCCAGAAUGUAUGCUGAAUGAACCAGACCACAUGUAUGUGACUGAUGCCUUUUACGCCAUCCUUUCUUUCUUUCACUUCUCCCCAUGGCCCUUUCGAGUUUGAAAGGUGAUGGAAAUGGGUGUUCUUUGCAUUUUAUAUUACCUGUAUGAAUUUCAUGGGUAUUAGCUGAAUGUGUCCCUUCUUUGUGGUCCUGAGCUUUGAGGAGGAGAGAGGGAGACAAAACUUAAAAAAAAAACAAAAACAAACAAAAAAACAUUUUGGGGUGAGUGUGCCUAAAAGGCCUUUCAGCUUCUCGGGAUCAUGAUACAGUGAAAAUAUUUUGUGGCACAUCGUUGGCAGGAUAUUCCUCCAUCGACGUAACUCGCGGUAAAACUCUAUUCUCCAUGGUGGAGUGCGAUGUUUUCUUUUCUACCUGCUCUUUCCAUUGUAAACAGCAUUAGCGGAUCUGUUGUUGCCUCAGAAUAUUAGAUGUGUAACAUGCCUUUAAGAGCAUCUCUGUGCUUCGACUUCAGGUGGCUUUACCGCCGCAGUGCUGCCUUGCUUUUUGGGCAACUCACCCCAUCCUGAGUGAGAUGUGAUUGCUACUAUAGGCUUAUACAAUACUGUACAUAAGAGUUCACUCUGUGAGUGCACAUUUGAUAAAAUUUAUUUAUUUAUAUGUAAGCAUUUAAUAAUAAACAAUAUAUUUAAAACCUUGGCAAGACGUGAAAUGUCGGGGGUAACGUGGCUCGAGUCCACACAUACACACUAGUUUGCAGAGUCUUGCCUGUGCUCUCGUCAGGGAGGGAAUAUUUUUUAAACAAAGGAUGAUUCUGUUUUGGGACUUUUUUUGUAAAGAUAAUCCAGACAUCCUUGCAUGAUGAUGUAUGGGGUGA